AUGUGGAGGUGUUCCGUUUUGGCAUUGUUCGCCGUGGCCCCUCCAACAUCGACGUUGGCAUCCACGCUCAACCUUGCACCCAGCGUCACGCCCAAUGUCGCGAACCCAAAUGCGCCAGAUGCGCAGGAGCUUUUUCCCGGCUACAAAGCUGUCAACGUUGUCACUUCCGACAAUACUAUCGCUGCAGAUCUGUCCCUUGGCGGCACUGCAUGCAACGUGUAUGGCAAUGAAAUUUCGGACCUCGUCCUUGAAGUACAGUAUCAGAAUGUCGCUCAGGUCAACAUCAAAAUCUACCCCAAAUACAUUGCCCAGUCUAACAGGUUCUUGUACAUCUUGGACGAGUCCCUUAGUCCCAGUGGCAGUAUCUCUCCUGGAUGUACUGUGAACAACAGUGACUUGACGUUCGAGUGGACUAAUGAUCCUACUUUCCAAUUCAAGGUCACACGCGCACAGACCGGCGAGGCAAUCUUUGAUACCUACGGCCAGAAGAUCGUUUUCGAAGACCAAUUCCUCGAGCUAGUCACGAACAUGGUGCCGGAGUACAAUAUCUACGGACUGCCAGAGGCGAUACGCGGCAGCUUUCGCCUUCCGAAUCAGUACACUCAAACUUUCUGGAAUCAGUACAACGAUAUGAACGAUCAACCGAUCGAUGCUAACAUGCAUUCCACGCACCCCGUGUUUCUGGAAACCCAUUACGGUAAUGGCUCUUCCAAAUCUCACGUCGUGUAUGGUCGCAACCUUCAUGGCCAAGAGUGGCUUCUGCGCCCUGAUCGCGUCAUCUAUCGCACGAUCGGUGGGAGCUUCGACUUCUACUUCUUCAGUGGCCCUUCGCCCACAGAGGCUUUGGCACAGCAGCAGCUUGGAGUCAUUGGCACACCUGUUAUGCAGCCUUACUGGGCACUUGGGUUUCAUCAAGUUCGGUGGGGCCAUCAGAACUGGACAGUUUUACAGGAUAUCAUCGACGGCUACGCAGCUGCAAACAUCCAGCUCGAGGCUAUCUGGAACGAUUUGGAUUACUUGUUCCAAUAUCGGAUCUUCUCCCACGAUAAUAACACAUAUCCUAUCGGCGAGGCCAUAGAAUUCAUCGCAAGAUUGCAUGCAAAUGGGCAGUACUGGAUGCCCAUCUUAGACCCUAGCGUUUAUGUACCCGCACCAGGUAACGUUACUGAUUCCAACCCCACAUACGACCGCGGCAAAGCCCUUGAUCUCUAUAUUAAACGUGGGGAAGGGUACGCUGAUGACUACAUCGGCAUUCAGUGGCCAGGGUUCAGCGUAUGGCCAGACUUUCUGCACAAUGCGACCCAGGACUUCUGGACGAACGAGAUGAAGCUUUACCACGACCAGCUUCCCUUUGAUGGUUGGUGGCUCGACAUAUCUGAUAUGUCAUCCUGGUGCACUGUUUCUUGCGGGACGGGAAGACUCUCAAGCAAUCCAACCCAUGUGCCUUUCAAGCUGCCCGGAGAGCCUGGCCAGAUCAAUUACGACUAUCCUGAAGCUUUCUGUCAAAUGAACGCGACCGAAGCAGCGUCUGCGAGCCCGCGAGCGUGUCGCAAGCGCCACUGGGGCGGCGACACAAACUCGCGCUGGGGCAACGUGUACAUGACCAUUCCACAAGCGUUGACCUUCAGUGUAGCUGGCAUCCCUUACUUCGGUGUUGAGAUGUGCGACUUGAACGGGAAUGUGGAUAUGGAGCUCUGCACUCGAUGGAUGCAACUUAGCGCUUUCUUUCCUCUGUAUCGCAACCACAAUUCACGCAACACCAUUGCACAAGAGGCCUUCAGGUGGGCAACCACCGCCGAAGCCACUCGACGCGCGAUGGACGUGCGCUUUCGCCUUUUGCCGUGCCAGUACACACUUUUCUAUGCAGCACAUAAGCGUGGAGAAACCGUGUUGCGGGCAUUGUCAUGGAAUUUCCCUGACGACGAGUCGCUCAAGAGUGUCGAUAACCAGUUCAUGCUCGGACCUUCCAUUUUGAUUAUGCCAGUCCUGGCUCCGCUCCUACGUACCUCACAGGGAGUGUUUCCAGGUGUGCCAGAUACACGCUGGUACGAUUGGUACACGCUCAAGAAAGUGCAGGCGCAGCCGGGCCAGAAUGUGACACUAAACAUGGCAGUUUCGUGA